AUGGCCGGCGGUGGAGUUAAAUAUUACGUGGACCCGUCGACUUACGAAGACCCAAGUGAAGCUGUGAAAGAAUUCGCCCGAGAGAUUGACCCAACACAUCUGAAGAUCGAGGAGGUGAUUGGAGCAGGUAAAUGUUGCAAAGUUUGA